UUGUGGGUCUUGAACCUACUCCCCAAUUUGUCCACAUGAUUUGAUCUUGACAAAGAAAAGCUAACCACAAUCUUGUAUCUUUCUCUGUGUUUUCUCUCUAGUCAUCUGUAUCUCAGACCCUUCUAACAACAACUGACCUCCAAUUCUUUACCAGUCACACUAAAAAGAGCCUCUGUUCUUUCAUUAUCAAUGCUAAAGCUCUCCUCUUAAAACCCCUAUUUCACUUGCUAUCUAAAUCUAUCUCUAUCUAUGUCUCCCACGCCGACCAAAGCACCCUGACAUCAAGCCCUCUUAAGGAAAAAUGAAGUUACUUCAGUGGAUGCAUCAUAAGUUACGGCAAAAUAGCAUCGAGCCAUUCAAGGAUUUCAAAAUUGGAAACUCUUGUAGUUGCCUUUCAGGGCAGCAAUGGCUAGAUGACCAACCAUAUUAUCCAACACCAACUUGCGGAUUCAGACACUUUAAGCAGCCUCAAAAGGGAUGUCAAAAGAAAUUUUCUGAAUGCGAAGCCAAGAGAGUUGAAGAAAACUAUGAAGAAGAAUCAUCUAAUGUUGUCUCUGACCUUUUCCAUGGCUUUCUUGCCAUUGGAACUCUUGGUUCAAAUGAGCCUUCAACACCAACAUUUGGUGUCUCCUCGGAGAACAUGACUGAGAAAGAAACAGAGGUCACAGAGAUUGACUUGAAGCUCAUUAAUGACGAGUUAGAGAAGUUCCUAGAGGCAGAAGCCAAAGAUGAAGGGUCCAUUGAAUCACCAGGUAGGAACAGUCAUGUUAGCAUCAUUACACUUUGUGGCAAGCAAAUGGAAGCAGCCGAUGUUGAAGAGUCUGGAAAGAUGAUAGUAUGUCCACUACAGGGAUAUCUUUUUGGGUCUUCAAUUGAACUGCCAGAGACAAGAUCAACUGAGGUAAAGAAAGGGAAGGCAUCACUCGGUGAACUGUUUCAGAGGACUAAAAUUGCAGAUGAAUAUGCUACAGUGAAGGAUGAGAAAGGGGAGAUCCAAGCCAAGGGAACUAACAAAUCUGCCAUGCACCUGGUGAAAAAGAUACUGAGAAAGCUCCAGGCUUCUUCAAGGAGUACCUGUGCCACUUCUGCCAAAGAGCCACAAGGUUCUUCAAGGAGUACUUCUGCCAUUUCUGCUAAAGAGCCCCACGCUUCAAGGAGCCCUUGGCCCACUUCUGAUGGUAGAACUGGUGGUGAUCCACUUUCAACCAAGAGGAAACUCCGUAAGGUCCUACGAAUGUUCCAUGGAAAAAUUCAUCCUGAAAGGAAUACUGCAGCUGCAAAGGAGUUUAAGUAUGAGAUCAAGAAUGCUCUCUAUGAUGAUGGAUGUGAUAAUAGAGAUGAAGAGAGCAUAAAGUUUCCCCAUGGAUACAUAUCAAGGGAUGCCAACCAAUGUUUAAACCUUCCACAAGACAUGCUCAGCAACAGUGGCUCAAGUGGGAGUAGGGAGCACUGGAUCAAAACUGAUGCAGACUAUUUGGUGUUGGAGUUGUAGAUGACGAAGUUGUGAGAAAUGAUUAUUAGUUGUGAUCCUUUGGGCAUGGUACUUGGUAAGAUCAUAUAUUUCACUAUGUAAUUGUUGUUGUGAGUAAUUAAGUGAUGAUGAACUCAAGUGAGGUGAGAGAAGACAUCCCUCUUAUUUACCUUAGUGUGAUUGUAAAGCUGUCUGUUACUUGUAUUUCCUGUAUCUUCCUAGUUAGUAAAAAUGAUUUCAGUUAACUGAAACUGUUAUUUGAAUCUUGAGAAUCA